CUCUUUUCCUCUUUUCUCUCUUUUCUUUCUUUCUUUAUUCCCUCACCACCAUCCAUCGCCACCCCAUCGCCAUCUCAUCUUCUCAUCAUCCGCCACUUUUCAUCCAUAUCCUUAUCCAUCACACACUUCAUUUCUUAUCACCAUGAGAUUAGUCAUUCGCAAGGACUUUGAGGCCGUCUCAUACCACGUCGCCAAGUACGUCAAGGAACGCAUCAAGGAGUUUGCUCCUACUGCUACCAAGCCAUUUGUUCUUGGUCUUCCCACUGGUUCAUCUCCCAUUGGUGUGUACAGAAACUUGGUCAAGUUCCACCAGGCUGGAGAGCUUUCUUUCCAGCACAUUAUCACCUUCAACAUGGAUGAAUACGUUGGAUUGCCCAGAGAUCAUCCCGAAUCAUACCACUCAUUCAUGUGGAGCAACCUGUUCAAGCAUGUCGAUAUCCUUCCUGAGAACGUUCAUAUCCUCGAUGGCAACGCUACUGAUUUGGAUCUCGAGUGCCAGCGCUACGAGGAGAAGAUCGCUGCUGUCGGAGGCAUCGAGCUCUUCUUGGGAGGUAUCGGUCCUGACGGUCACAUUGCCUUCAACGAGCCCGGCUCUUCACUCAACUCCCGCACCCGUGUCAAGACUCUCGCCUACGACACCAUCGUUGCUAAUGCCCGCUUUUUCGACAAUGAUAUUACCAAGGUCCCCAACUUGGCUUUGACCGUCGGUGUUGCUACGGUCAUGGAUGCUCGUGAAGUCUGCAUUAUCAUUACUGGCGCUCACAAGGCUUUGGCCUUGGCCAAGUGUAUUGAGGAGGGUGUCAACCACAUGUGGACUGUUUCUGCCAUUCAACUCCACCCUCGUGGUAUGAUUGUCUGUGAUGAGGAUGCUACUCUUGAGCUUCACGUCAAGACCGUCAACUAUUUCAAAUCCAUUGAAAAGGUUCAUGAGCAACUCAUUGGUUCUGACAACGUUGGCUUGCAGGGUGGUGUCCGCUCGUGGCGCGGUGGUGCCGAAUCCACUUACCACCAAUAAAAAAAAA